AUGUCACUACCGAAGGGAUUAGCCCAUAAGCUCAUACCCAAGUAUAUUGGACCAUACCAAAUUCUUCGUGACUUCCGGAACAGCUCGUACACUGUGGAGUUGCCAUCAAGCUUGAAACAACGUGGUAUUCAUGAUGUGUUUCAUGCUUCCUUGCUGCGGGUGCACGAGCCGAACGAUGAUUGUCUGUUUCCCAGCUGGCUUGACAAUCAGGUCGCGGAGUUGGAGGAUCAAGAUGGUGAGUGGGCAAUUGAUCGGAUUGCAUCGCAUCAAGGUACCGGGGAUGAGGCCAUCUUAGAAGCAGUUUGGAAAUCGGGGGAUCGUACCUGGGUCCCUUACUCAUCAAUUGCUCACCUGGGUGCUGUGUCAGCUUACCUUGAGGCUUUGGGAGUGGCCGGUAUUGCCGACCUACCCACAGGUAAGGGUUCGGCUUCUCCCGACCCUCAAUUUUUCAUAGGUUCUAUUGGUUUACCUGCUCUCGGGCGAGGGUACAAGACAGCCCCGAGAUGA